AUGAGGCACUGGCUGCUGCUGCUCGCUGCGCUGGUGGGAGCCGCGCUCCCCCGGCCGCUGCGCCAGAGGGUCGACUACUCGGUCCCUGAGGAUUUAUCUGCCCCGCUGGAGCUCCCGCAGCCGCACUUCGGCCUGGUGGAUGACUAUGGCAUUAAACCCCAGCAGCCCCACCUGCGGAGCCAGGCAACGCGGGCACGGCCAGCGGGGCUGCACCGCGUGGGCAAGAGCAAGCGCGAUGAGCUCGACCUGUCCGAGUACUACUACGAUGAGCAGCUGUGA